CCUGGUCUGCAGCACCAUGCUGGAUCCCAAGCCUCACUCUGCAAACCAGAGGUAAAUCCAGGUGAAAGCCACCUAGGUGUCAGGAUGACCAAAGCACGUCUCUUCCGUCUCUCUGUGGUGCUGGUCUCCAUCUUCAUGAUCCUCCUGAUCAUCGUGUACUGGGACAACGUGGGAACGGCUCACUUCUACCUGCAUACGUCCUUCUCCAGGCCUCAUUCCCCAGGAGCCAUCCCUGGUAUCACAGCAGGUGAAGGCUGGGAAGCCUUGCCUGAUGUGGAUGAAUUUUUGGCAAAGCUGCUUAGUUCAAGCCCAAAACAAAAUAGUUCUAUCCCCCAAAAGACACAGCAGCUACUUGUCCAGGGCUCUAGCAAGCCCGUGGUGAGCAAUUUGGAGGAGAAUGUGCGGGGCUAUGACUGGUCUACACACAAUGACAGAAACAGCCUGGACCAAGAGAAGCUUCAGCUAGAAAGGCAGAGAACAUUGCGGGAGUUUUGUGCCAAUUCCAGCUUCACCUUCCCUACCAAGGAGCGCUCCUUUGAUGACAUCCCGAACUACGAGCUCAACCACCUGAUUGUGGAUGACCGCCACGGCAUCAUCUACUGUUACGUCCCCAAGGUGGCCUGCACCAACUGGAAACGGGUGAUGAUUGUGCUAAGUGAGAGCUUGCUGGACCAGGGGGUCCCCUACCAGAACCCUCUGGAUAUCCCCCGGGGGCACGUCCACAACACCAGCACCCACUUGACCUUCAACAAAUUCUGGCGCCGUUAUGGGAAGUUCUCCCGGCACCUCAUGAAGAUCAAGCUGAAGAAGUACACCAAGUUCCUCUUUGUACGAGACCCUUUUGUCCGCCUCAUCUCUGCCUUUCGCAGCAAAUUUGAGCUGCAGAAUGAGGAGUUCUACCAGCGUUUUGCCAUCCCCAUGCUGAAGCUCUACUCCAACCAUACCAACCUUCCCACCUCUGUUAGAGAGGCCUUUGGGGCAGGCCUUAAAGUCUCCUUUUCUGACUUCAUCCAGUACUUACUGGAUCCGAGGACAGAGAAGAUGGUCCCUUUCAAUGAGCACUGGAGGCAAGUUUACCGGCUGUGCCAUCCGUGCCAAAUAGACUACGAUUUCAUCGGAAAAUUGGAGACGCUGGAUGAGGAUGCUGCUUAUCUGUUGCAGCUCCUCAAAGUGGACAGGCUGCUUCGCUUCCCCCCCAGCUACCGGAACAGGACUGCCAGCAGCUGGGAAGAUGACUGGUUUGCCAAAAUCCCCUUGGCUUGGAGGCAGCAGCUCUACAAGCUUUAUGAAGCAGAUUUUAUACUCUUUGGCUACCCCAAGCCAGAAAACUUGCUUAAAGACUAGAAGUGAUUGGGUACUAGAAGUGAUUGGGUGUGGUGGGUGUGGGAGGGAACAUCUGAAAUACCAAAAAUGUUUAAAGCCUUCUCAUUUUUGCUCUUAACUCCCUUCCCCAUACAGGUUGGUACAAUGGAAUAUAUUUUUUCUACUGCUUCCCCUUCCAUUUUUGCAAUAGUACCAGAGUCCAGGGUAUUCCAGCCAGCUGCGCAUAUGCAAAAAAAAACAAGCCAGUUGCGUUUUUUUAAUCAUCAUGUUUUCAGUUUUUUUAAAUGUUCUCACGUUUUACAAUGGGCUACUCCCUUGGUCACUCUGUCAGCUGUGUCCUUCAGUAGCUUUUUAUUAAUACUUUUUAAAAAUUAAUAUAUUUAAGAUAUUUAAUACAGGGUGCGUGUCGUGGCAAAGGAAGGGGUGGAAUAAAACAAAGUAAAAGCAAAACCCAAGAAA